AUGCUACAAGAUUCUCGUAUAAUCGCCCUAAUCCAUACCUACUGCCCUAGAGAAGUGCUGCAAAACUGGCCCAGCGACGUGCCGCCCGCAGGAUUGCUCGCCCUUCUGUUCGCUGAGGCGCCGCAGAUACACGAUUGGGCACGCAAGCAGUCGCUCCAUUGCCAAGUCCAACCUAUGCCCGCGGAGAAUUUCUUAUCAGGCCACACCGACUUGUUGAAGAUGGUAUCGGAAUCUUUGGUGUCGUCACGUCCUCUGAGCGACUGCUUUGGUGGGGAAUACAAGUUCACUUCCCUGCAAGAACAGUCAUCGGUGUGGGCGAGCUACGUCACCCUCAUACGCUUCGCUCCCCCCAAGUUCCUCAGCGAGAACGAGACCGGAGUCGACAUCCGGCACGUCAUUGUAGGCCACUUGCACAACACCGAACACCAGUUCAUGGACGUUCUGAAGAGCUUCAUCCUCGUGCUGCGGCGAAUUGGAACGAAGAUGUGGGAGAACAAAAGCUCCGAGUACGCGCACGUCGUCUUCAACUCCAUAAAGGACAACAGUCGCUACGCGGACGUGCUAUGUGCUGUGCCUCACGACGACGGGCUGCUGCGGUGGAUUGAGCUGUACACGGCCUCGGUCGUGUCGCUGCCGGUCUUCCCCGACAUUGCGGCCUCGAUCCUGCAGUUUCUGUGUGAGGAGUUGCAGCACGAGCGGUUCAAGAUGGCCCGUCCUACUGCGAUGAGCAUCGCGACCAGGGUCCUGUCAGCAGUGUUCGGGUCAGAGAAGAAGGAUCAAGCACUCCAGAAAGAACUCCCCUUUCAUCUGCUCGGGGUACACUCUGCCGUCUUCGUCAACGUGGCUUUCGGGAGGAACUACGACGCCGAGCUAUGGGCCGAAGCGAGACGACACGCAAAGCGACUUUUGAAGCACGCGAUGCUCACUGACGCGAAGAGAGUUGCAGCCCUGGUGACGUCGCUCAGCAGCCCCACGAAAGUGGACAGCGAACAUCUGCAGACCAAAUCCGUCAUCCACGAACUGGUCUGGAAGAAGGUUUACGAAGGCAUCGUCGGGAACGACUCGGACGCGAUCGCGCUUCUGCUCUCGGUGCUCUCGAAAGUCGCCCACAUGGAUGAGCUCAAGCCGGCGGCGUUCGAGGACUUGCUCCGAAAGGCGCAACUGCCGACCAACCCGCCCGCCCUCGCGGCCGUGAACAGCGCGCUCGCCGUCUUCCGCAACGGAUUCCGCGACGUGCUCACCCGGUACACGGACCUCAGCAUCGCCACCGCCGCCCUGGACCUUCUCCGCCAGGAAAACGCUAUCCAUCACAUCGUCACGCUCAUGUUCUCCCCCGUCGAGGCUCUGCAAGAGGCCGCGCAGGGGCUCGUCGGGCUCGCGUACGACAUCGACGGCCGCCUCGACUGCUUCCGCGCCCUGCUCGAGCACCACCCCGACGCGACCUUCCAAGCGAUCACCGACGUCCUGCAAGUCUACACCGCGUACGCACCCGCGGUCCCCGAGGCGUGCUCGCUCUCGCAGGCGCUCGCGCGCUGCCUCACCGACGUGCUCGAGUGCCUCUGCUCCAGCCCGGACGGGCUCCUGCUCCAGCCGCGGUACCUCGCGGCGGCCGGCGCGGCGCUGGCGGAGCGCGUCCCGCGCUGGUGGCAGCUCAUGACGGAGGCGCUGUGCGUCGUGUUCGCGCGCACGCCCGCGUGGGCGCGCUUCUUCGAGAACGAGGAGAUGGUGCUCUGGAUGCGGGACGCGCUCAUCUUCGGCCGGGACCUCCUCGCCCACCGGCGCGUGCUGGAGGCCGGGGCCGUUGCCGGCGCGCAGACCCACGGCAAGGACGGCAAGGACGGCAAGGACAAGGACAAGGACAAGGACAAGGACGGCAAGGCGGCGAGGCGCGCGGCGCGGGCAGUGGGGCGGCAGAUGGUAGACGACCUGCAGCAGGUGCUGUUCGAGCUCACGAAGUGGCUCCGGCUCACGGACGAGGAGCUCCUCCACCAAUCGUUCGCGCUGCUCGAGACGCUGCUCGACGGCUUCCGCGCGGCGGAGACGCGGCCGCGUGCGGAGACGCUGGCGAGGAUCGCGAAGCACAUCGAGGACGCCCGGACGCCCGACCCGAACCGGUUGCGCUCGCGGUUGGACGGGGCGCGAGUGGGACGCCUCGAGGAGGCGGUGGCGCGGUUUGAAGACGAGGACGACGAGGUGGAGAUCGUGGAGCCGCCGCCGAAGCCGAAGGAGCACGAGAAGCGGGAGAUUCAGAUCCAGAAGCGGGAGCCGAGGCAUAUCCUGAAGACGUCGGACAAAGACAAGUUCAAGCCUGUGGAUAAGAAGAAGCCGACGAUCACAAACUACUUCGGGAAGAAGAGGGCGGACGAGGACGUACGGUCCACGAGCAGCAGUUCGACGUUGGUCUCGACUUCAAGUUCGCGGACGGCCGGCCCCUCUCGUCCUAGUUCGAGGCCUCUCAUUAAGGACGAAGGAGCGAAGGCGCGGGCGGCGCCCCCGCCCGCCAAGCCUGUCGAGUCCUCAAGCAGCGAAGAUGAGGCUAGCAGCGACGACGAGAAGGGCGGGCUCGCAUCGCUGUCCAAGCUGCAGCGUGAUCUCCCACCGAAGAAGCCUCAGGAGCGGAGGCAGAUCAAGAUGAUCGACAUCCCGAUGGGCCACCACCCGAAGAUGGCACGGCUUCAGCAGGCGCGGAAGCACGAGGACGCGCGACGCGCACAUCUACGCCUCAAGCCCGACCUCUCCUCCCUCUACCGCACUCUGCUCGUCUGGAACUACGACCAUAAUGGGCCGACGCCCCCGGGCGACAGCGGUCGCCGUCUGUCGUCUGUCCCGGGGCGGUUCAGGGACUACGCGCACUUCCGGAGCGUGUUCGAGCCGAUGCUCUUCCUCGAGCUCUGGAACCAGCUGAUGGAGUCCAAGGAACAGCCGCUGGAGUCGUACGAAUGCCGAAUCAUGAACCGGCAGUACACGGACGAGUACAUCGACCUCGACGUCACGAUCGAGGGCAACCCGCCGCGGGAGUGGGCGUUGGCCGAGACGGAUAUAGUGCUGUUCACGAACCCGGGGACGAAGGCGCGGAUGCUCGGCAAAGCCCAGAGCUAUCGCAACUCACACUUGGGCGUGAGUGCGACGAUCCGGUACAUGCCCGCCGGCGGAGACCCGGGCUUGCACGUCGGCACUUGCUGGGGCGUCGCGAAGGUCCUAAGUCUGACAACACUAGUGCGCGAGUAUGCCGCCCUCAUGUCGCUCCAGUACUACGAUCUGCUUGACAUCGUCCUACACGGGCAGCUGCCUCGCGUCCCAAAAGUCGACAAAGACGAAGUCCAGAGGGUCAUGAAGUCCUACAAAGUGAACGAACCGCAGGCCAACGCGAUCCUCAAGUCUCUCGACACAGAGGGCUUUGCGCUGAUCCAAGGACCCCCGGGUACUGGAAAGACGUCGACGAUCUGCGGUCUCGUCCAGCUUUACCUCGCACGCCGUAGCAGAAUCAUCUCCCGGCCGGGCGACAGAGAGCUGCCGAAGAAGAUCCUCCUCUGCGCGCCAAGUAACGCUGCCAUCGACGAGGUUGCUAAUCGUCUGAAAGACGGUGUGUCUGGAGCAGGGCACCGUGCAGAACGUCCCAAAGUUGUCCGGAUUGGGGCCGCAAAGGCGAUGAGCAGCUCUGUGCGCGAGGUGUCGCUCGAGUACCUCAUGGACGAGAAGCUCAACUCGCACCCGGAGCUGCAGAACUCGAAGGAGGCGGGCAGCGAGCUUGCGCGCAUCCGCGCCGGGCUCGACUCUGUCCGGCGGCAACGUCAAGAGAAAUACGACGAGAUGGAGGCGCUGCACGACAAUGGCGCGAAAACGCAGACGCUCAGGGAGGAUAUCCAGAAGCUGAACCGGCAGAAGGCGAUGCUAUCCCACCAAUUUGACAAGGCGAAGGACAAGCAGAAGUCAGACCACCGCACGCUCGACGCCACCCGACGGCGGUUCCGGAACGAGGUUCUACAGGAGGCGGAUGUAAUCUGCAGCACCCUGUCGGCGUCGGCUUACGAGUAUCUGGAGCCAUUCGACUUCGAACUGGUGAUCAUUGAUGAAGCCGCGCAAGCCAUUGAGCUCAGUUCCUUGAUCCCGAUGAAAUACCGCUGCAAAACGUGCAUCAUGGUCGGAGAUCCACAACAGCUUCCACCAACAGUGAAGUCGCAGGAGGCCUGUAGGCUAGGAUACGAUCAAUCGUUGUUCGUGCGACUGCAAAAAAGUCAACCAGGCGCAGUGCAUCUCCUCAGCAUCCAGUACCGUAUGCAUCCGGAUAUCAGUCAGCUCCCGAGCAACCUCUUCUAUGACGGCAGACUGCAAGACGGGCCGGAUAUGGCGGAAAAGACGAUACGACCAUGGCACAUGCAUGAGAAGUUUGGCACCUACCGCUUCUUUAACGUCGAGUCAGGGUUCGAGACCACCGCGCCCGGCGCGGGCCACUCGAUCGUCAACCGGACCGAGGUCCAGGUCGCGGUCGCUCUCUUCAACCGCCUCACCAAGGACUUCCCGACCGCAUCGCUCGACUUCAAGAUCGGCGUGAUCUCCAUGUACCGCGGCCAGAUCGUCGAGCUCCGCCGUGCAUUCCAGCAGCGCUUCGGAGAGGAGGCAUUGAGCACCGUCGACUUCAACACGGUCGAUGGCUUCCAGGGGCAGGAGAAGGACAUCAUCAUCCUCUCGUGCGUCCGUGCCGGCCCGGGGCUGCAGACUGUGGGUUUCCUGCGAGAUGUGAGGCGGAUGAACGUCGCGCUGACGCGUUCAAAGGCGUCAUUGUUCAUUCUGGGACACGCGCCCACGCUAGAACGCAGCGACGAGACAUGGCGGCGGAUCGUGGAGAACGCGAGAGCAAGACAGUGCCUCGUCCAGGCGGACGUCGGAUUCUUCACUGCGCCCGUGUCCAAAACGGCGGCAGCGAUGCCAGUCCGACCGAAGGCUUUGAAGCCGCCUUCCAAGCCUGCGCCCCCGAUACCAGAGCUUAUGACGCCGCAGGAGUACAAAGCGAAGACAAAGGCGCUCUCGGCUUCGGCGUCGAACGUGGACGUAUCGAUGCCCGAUGUCCAGCCAGAAGUCACUGCGACGUCGACCGCAGCGUCGACCUCGGAGGAGGCCCACACAGGCCAGAAGCGCCGGGCCGACGGGCCGCCAACAGAGGAAGCCGGCGCUUCUGGGCCUCUUCCCCCUCGAGGCGGGCCUGCAAAGCCUCGUCCAAAACCUCCGCCAGUAAAAAGAGCCAAACAGGCGCCGUCGUUGUUCAUCCCGAAGAAGAGAUGA